CGCCCCUCUAAUCUCGCAAAUUGUGAUUACUGAGGUUUCACCUGUUCACCGCAAAGUUUCCUGCUGCAAGUCCGAAAUUCCGGAGAGAUACUUUUGAGUGAUUAGCCUCCUGAUCUCUCGCAGCGUUCACGGCUACGCCUGCGUUGCUUCUUCUGGCGCAUGUGAAAAUAGGCCGAAGGCAAGGGUAAUAGGCGACUCGAAAGCAAACCGCGCGAAGGCAUCGGGAGGAUUCAGCUGGAGUAAGGACUCUGCAAGACACAUCAGCACGCAGCAGCAGGUCUCAGGGCACAUCAGCAGCGCGCCAUCCAGCAGCGCGCCAUCAGGACUCAGGCAGGACACAUCAGCAGGCAUCGAGCAUCAACCAGCUUCACAGGCAUCAACGCGCAAUCAUCAGGCGAGCAGUAUACGACAAACAGGAUAUCAACCGGCGAUUAUCAGGCGAUAACCAGGCGAUUAUCAGGCGACAAUCAGGCAUCAUGUGCAUGGGGAUGCAUAUGACCUUCUACUGGGGCGUGGACGCCACCAUCCUCUUCUCCUCAUGGCACACGCGCACACUCCCGCAGUACUGCAUCGCCCUCGCUCUUGUCGCGCUCUCUAGUAUCGCGUACGAGGGCCUUAACUCGCUGCGGAUCAACGUGGCUGCGGGAAAACUCGCGCGGGCGAACUCCACUGUCACCGACGAAUUCACGACCACUCCACUGCUUACUGGGACCUCUCGCCCCCCGGCCCAGCUAUCCUGGAUGGAUAAGCUGCCUCUCUCCCUGCUGUACAUUGCCACGUCAGCCCUGGCCUACCUUCUCAUGCUUUCGGCCAUGUCCUUCAAUGGGGGGAUCUUCCUGGCUAUCGUCGCUGGGCUAGGUGUGGGCCAUUUUAUGUUUGGACUGAAUCGAGCAAGUCUUGCCUCUCAAGCCAAUGCAGAGUCGUGCUGUGCGUAGUGGUAAUGCCUGUCUUGUGCUCUAAUGAAUGAAAAUGAUUUAACUCAACUUAUAGAAGCUCUGAAUAUGUUCUAAUG